CUCCGAGCUUACACAGGAUCCCAAGCGAAUGAGGGUCCGGACUACAGUGAGACAAGCGUGCGCCUCCCCACCCGCCAUCAUGCCUGAUCCCUCCAAGUCGGCGCCCGCGCCCAAGAAGGGCUCCAAGAAGGCGGUGACCAAGGCGCAGAAGAAGGACGGCAAGAAGCGCAAGCGCAGCCGCAAGGAGAGCUACUCCAUCUACGUGUACAAGGUGCUCAAGCAGGUGCACCCCGACACGGGCAUCUCGUCCAAGGCCAUGGGCAUCAUGAACUCCUUCGUCAACGACAUCUUCGAGCGCAUCGCCAGCGAGGCUUCCCGCCUGGCGCACUACAACAAGCGCUCGACCAUCACGUCGCGGGAGGUGCAGACGGCCGUGCGCCUGCUGCUGCCCGGCGAGCUGGCCAAGCACGCCGUGUCCGAGGGCACCAAGCUAGAGCUGAGCAAUGAUGUGUCAACAAAGAUGGACAUGCCCGGUGGUUUCAAGGAGUACUUCAUCACCCUCGGAACGCGUCCUCUGGAGCCGGCAGCCUGA